AGAAAAGAAGAAGAAGCUAAAACCAGAUAAGUGGGAGUGUAAACACACGCUGCUAGGACUGAAGGGAGUUUGGCAGCGAGUGAUUAAAGCUGCUGGUCAACCCGUCACGUAUUACACGUAGCGGACUGGAAACGAGGAAAUAGGGAGUGAGACUUGGCAUCGGUUCGCCGCCUUUCACUGCCCCCCCCCCGCGCCCACCCCCGCAUAUUCCUCUGAUAAACUCCAGGAGGUAAGCUAAUUAUCCAGGGCGUGUGGUGUAGUUUUUAGACGGACUUCGUUAUGAUGAAGGAGAAGCUGCUGCCGCUCGUCCUCCUCCUCCUCCUCUCCGUGUCCGGCUGUGCGGACAGCAGGUGCUUCUGUCAGGUCACGGGAGACCUGGACGACUGCACCUGUGAUGUGGAGACCAUCGAUGGCUUCAACAACGACCAGCUCUUCUCCAAACUUCAAACUCUUCUGGAGUCUGACUAUUUCAGGUUCUACAAGGUGAACCUGAAUAAGGCGUGUCCGUUCUGGACGGUCCGCAGCCACUGUGGUCUGAAGGACUGCGCUGUGCAGCCGUGCUCUCCUAACGAAGUGCCAGAGGGGAUCAGAUCCUCCUCCCACAAUAAGUAUUCAGCAGAAUUAAACGAGCAGCCGGUUGAGUGUGAGCAAGCAGGGCAUCUCGGAGCUGUAGAUGUUUCUUUAAGCGACGAGACCAGAGAGGCUCUGCUCAACUGGAGCAGACACGACGACGAGGCCGAGCGCUUCUGCGUGGUCGAUGAUGAGGAGUCACCGGACUCCCAGUACGUGGACCUGCUGCUGAACCCGGAGCGCUUCACGGCCUACAGAGGACCAGAGGCCUGGCAGAUCUGGAACAGCAUCUACGAGGAGAACUGCUUCAAACCGUACACCAUCAAGCGACCACUAAUUCCUAACUUGUUCCACAGCAGCUCAGGAAGCGAAGCAAAGACCUUCUACAGCUGGCUGGAAGGUCAGUGUGUAGAGAAGAGGGCUUUCUACCGGCUUAUCUCCGGCCUCCAUGCCAGCAUCAACAUACACCUGAGCGCCAGAUACCUCUUGGAUGACAGCUGGUUCCAGAAGAAGUGGGGUCACAACGUGUCCGAGUUCCGGCAGCGUUUUGACUCGGAGCUGACGGCCGGCGAGGGCCCCAAGAGGCUCCGCAACCUCUACUUCCUGUUUCUGAUCGAGCUGCGAGCGCUGGCCAAAGCUCUGCCUGUCUUCCAGCAGCCUUCCUUCCGCCUGUACACGGGCCGACCGGAGGAGGACCGCAGACACAAAGAGCUGCUGCUGCACAUCCUGCAGCUGGCCCGAUCUUUCCCUCUGCACUUUGAUGAGACGUCUCUAUUUGCUGGGGAUGAAAAAGAAGCAGCCAAACUGAAGGAGGACAUCAGACUGGCCUUCCUCAACAUCUCCAGGAUCAUGGACUGCGUGGGCUGCUUCAAGUGUCGACUGUGGGGGAAACUGCAGACUCAGGGAUUAGGAACAGCGCUAAAGAUUUUGUUUUCAGAGCGCCAGAUUGAAGCUCUGCCUACGUCCAGCAGCAAGCGACCCAGUUUUCAGCUCAGCCGACAGGAGAUCUCCUCCCUGCUCAACGCCUUUGGAAGGAUUUCCACAAGCAUCCGAGAGCUGAAGAACUUCAGAUCGCUGCUCGCAGAGGAGCGGUGAUGAUGGAGAGACCGAAUCUGUCCUGCCUCACUUCUGAUAAAAUGUCUUUUAAACUUCCAUCAGGGUUUAACAUGAAGAUCAGCUUUCAAGGUGAAGCAGUGGUGGAGGAACAAUGAAAAUACUCCAUUCCAAGUAAAAGUUCUGCAUUCAAAAUCUUACUCAAGUAAAAAUCAGCAUCAGGUUUGGUAUAGGAGAAGGCUUCUUGUAAACUUUUGUAUACUUUAUGAGAGUAACGUUAACGUUACCGAUAGGUUUUUAAAACUUUUUGAUAAUAGCAUAUUUUAGCACAUUUUCCUCAUAUCGUGCAGCCAACUGUCAGUAACGUUAUUUGUCAGUUUUUUUUCGGUGUUUAAAGCACAGUUUGGUUCAUGGAGCACAGCUCAUACUCCUAUUCAAGAUCCUACUCAAGUAAAAGUCCAAAGGAAUCAGCAUCAAAAUACUUAAAGCACCAAAAGUAAAAAUAUUCAUUAUGAAGAAUGGCGCAUUUCAGAAUAUAUUAUAUUACUGGAUUAUGAUUAUUGAUGCGUUAAUGUGUUCAUCGCUUUAAUGUUGCAGCUGGUAAAGGUGGAGCUCAUUGUUAUUACUUUAUCCCUUGUGUUGUCUUUCUGGGUCAAAAUUGAAAAUGAACACUGUUUUUUGACAUCUUUGCUGUUUUUUAUCGUUUAUUUUGCUGUUUUUAAAAAAAUAUUUUUGUAACAUUGUUCGACAUUUUAAGUGUUUUUUUACCUACUACCACCAGUACUAACUUGGAAUUUCUGGUCACUAAACCUGAUAUAGCCUAUGAAAUUAUAUCUAACUUUUGAGUUAAAAAAGCAGAAAGUAUGAAUUAUUUUAAAUAAUAUUUAAGAUCAGAGGAUGUUGAUGGAUAA